AGAUCGAGCUGUGUGUCUCCAGUGGAAGAAGAAGAAGUGAAUGGGAACUUUGUGCUUUAGCAGAGCAUUAGUGUCCAGGCCAGACAACGAGUUAAGAUUCAAGCACCCUGUAAGGACCAAUGAACCCAAUAGCUCAUGGAAGAAAAAAGUCAAAUCAGGACAUCCUUGGUUUCCAGGCUACCGAAAUAUGGAGCAAAAACUUUAGGAAGUGUCUUGCAACCUGUGCCAAAUGGGACAGCUGUCAGUUUAUCAGGAAAUAAUGGUGACAAAACUCUCAGCAAGCACAAUGGCGCUGUGCGCAUGUCUUCCUUCUCUUUCAACUGGAGAAAAUCGAAUAAAUAUCAGCUUUGUGAUCAAAAUGGACGAGAGUCCAACUCUAACCAUAAUUAUAAUGAAAAACUAAUUGAUUCUGAGAAGUAUCCCCAAUCACAGGGAGCAUUGGGCAAGGAUGUGCUCAGGGUGGGUUUGAACAGCACUGCUUCAGUUGCAUCAAAAACAGCAAAGCAGACCAAUAUGUUUGUAUCUUCUACUGAGGAAUUAAACCCAAAGUCUUUGCCUGGACUCUCUAGUUCAGCAAAAUUCACCAAAGGUACUCUGACAGGCAGGACCUCAUAUUCUGGACUCAGUGCUCCAAAAUCGCAUUUAAAUGGAUUUUAUGGAAACAGGCCAAUGGUAGGUUUGCAGAGACCUAGAGCUAAUUCCAGUGCCACAAGGACCAGUUCAGGAGAAAGCUUGGCACAAUCUACAGAUAAUAAUAAGACAUUUUCCUGUGAAAAAAUGGUAAGAUCACAAAGUUUUUCACAUUCCAUUCCAAACUCUUUCCUUCCCACUACAUCUUUAACCAGGUCACAUUCCUUUAAUAAAGCUGUGGAUCUUACAAAGCCUUAUCAAAGUCAAAAUCUAGCUGUUAGGACAUCUCAGAGGUCAACUCUAUUGUCAAGAAAUACCCGACAGUUGGAUAUACCCAAUGGAAAUGAACCCACGAAGUAUGGGUUUACCAGACCCUAUCCUGGUAUAUCAGCUCCUUGUUCAAAGAAGCCCUCUCUCUCGAAUGGAUCUGGGUCUGCACCUUCUUUUGGAUACAGAUUAAGUCGACCUUCUUUGCUGAAGCCUACCAGACAGCGAUUGACUGGCAAUAUGGUUGUGGAUGACAACAGAAGUACAACUUGUGACACACGCGUGGUGGCGAACUCUGAAAUUUCAACAAAUAUUAAUAGAGCAAACGAGAAAAAGAGCAUUAUAGAGAGUGAUACACAAAGAAUAGAAUCUGGUGAGGGUCUCCAUGACAGCAUAGGAAAACAUGGGUCAAAAGUCAUGUGUUUGAGUGAUGAUGGAGAUGAAAUAUCUAUAUCUUCCUUGUCAUCCUCUGAAAAAAAUGACUUGAGUGAGGAUUUCAGUGACGACUUCAUAGAUUUAGAAGACCCAAAUAGAACAAUACGAAUACAACAGCAGGAGGGCAGUGUUCAAGAUUUGGACCAUGGAAACGUAGCACCGGUAGAGCCGUUCACAUCUCUCAAGGAAAGUGGAGGAUCUCACUGUAACCCUGAGGACUGGCUGGAUAUACACGUGUCUGUGGAUGACAACAGUGAAAGCACAAAGCAUACUUCUGAGAACAUGGUUUCUCCAGACAUGAAUUAUAGAGCUGGCUCCUCUUUUGAGCUCUCCCCCUCCGAUAGCUCUGACGGCACAUACAUGUGGGAUGAAGAAGGGCUGGAGCCGAUUGGGAGUGUUCAUCCGUGUGGAAGUUACGAGUCUUCAGAAAUGAACAGCAUCGAUAUCUUGAAUAAUCUUGAUUCAUGUGAUCUUGAUGAUGAUGAUCUCAUGCUUGAUGUGGACCUACCUGAGGACCCACCUCAUGACAAAGAGGAAUGUGAAAAUAUGAGCCGUUAUGACAGGCAAGACAGAAGUGCUCGGCAGCAUGGGGAAGGAUUCUGGAAAAGAGCACCACAACAGCGAUGGAAUACACAGGAUCACUAUCAUCUUGGCAAUACUGAUCACUACAUCCAUAGCAAAAAUGAUCUGAACAGGGGAUCAAACUACCUGGAGUCUCCCAUUGGUCACUUUGAAAGUUACGGCGCGCCCGGCUUUUACCAGGCUCCUCGGCAGCUGGUGGGCCUGCCCGAGAACGCGGUGAUGCUCGAUGAGAUGACGCUGCGGCACAUGGUCCAAGACUGCACAGCUGUGAAAACGCAGUUGCUGAAACUGAAGAGAGUGCUGCACCAGGAUGAUGAAAAUGUGUCACUCCAGGACAUUGCACUCUCCAUUCCAUCAAGUCCGGAACCACAAGAAGCUGAAUCUACUUUUAAGACAGAAGAUCUGCUAAAUGAGAUCAAGCAGCUUAAAGAUGAACUGAAGAAAAAGGAUGAAACAAUCAACCGGCUGGAGCAUCAACUCGCCACUAGGUGCAACUGCCAGAAGGACAACGAAAAACUUAAAGGGGCGACAUGUUUGCAUGCAGACAAAUUUACACAGACCUCCUGGAAGAGAAGUUCUGGUGGGUAUUUUGCUCCCUCCUUCUCUCCCUGGCAGGGCUCAUUCCAGGGCAUCCCUCGGACUGCUCCACCGCACCGCAGACAGACCUCAAGUACUACAGCCUUCCAGCAGCCUUCCCAGUUCCAAAGACCUCGCCCAGGGAAAACUAAUAAAAAUGCCACCUACCGAGGCCCACAGUGAAUACCCUAAACAUCAUGGUCAGCAUGAAAAUGGCAAUCGUAAGAAUCAAAAUGCUGCAAAUGCAUCUCUCUCAAAUAGUCUGAAUGAACUAAACAC